GAUCACCCCUUGGAGAUACCUCAUUCAAAAGCAAAACAAUCGAACUGCAGGCUGCGCCCUCGGCCGCCCUCCGUAGGACCAAGUGGGAACACGAUUUGUUGUGUGGAGCUUGUGUUUGCGCCGGGAUUUACCGGAGAAUACUCGCCAUGGCUGCAGGACGCGAAAUGCCCAUUUUUCUUAAAGCCCAGCGUCGAGGCUACGAGGGAUUUAGCGAAGAGACCGAGAGCAAUUGGAAUGGACCUUUCUAUUUCAUUCAAGGAGCCGAUCCUCAGCUUGGCCUCAUGAAGGCUUGGAGGUCCGGAGACUGUGACAGUGGGGGUGAUGAAUGGCAGGAAGAGGUCCAGCUCACAGGACAAACGGUGCAGGCCAUCAACAAGCUGACUGUGAAACCCCGGUUCUUUGUACUCUGUGGAGAUCUGGUUCAUGGAAUGCCAGGUACUCUUUGGCACGAGGAGCAAAAACGUGACCUCAAGGAAGUGUUGAAAUGUACAGACGCUGAGGUGCCAUUGGUUUUUGUCAGUGGCAACCAUGACAUCGGUAACACCCCGACUGCGGACACUAUCCUGAAGUACUGCGAGAGCUGGGGCGAUGAUUACUUCAGCUUCUGGGUCGGCGGCGUCUUGUUCCUCGUGCUGAACUCCCAGUUUUUCCACGACGCCUCCAGUUGCCCCGAGUUAAAGCAAGCCCAUGACCAGUGGCUCAAUGCACAGCUCGCUGCAGCCGAGUGCAAGAAGAGCAAACACGUGAUUGUGUUCCAGCACAUCCCCCUCUUUCUCCAGGACCCUGACGAAGAAAAUGGAUAUUUUAACCUUGAAAAGUCUUUACGGCGAGAUCUGCUGCAGAGGUUUCAGAAAGCAGGUGUGAACGCAGUCUUCUCUGGCCACUACCAUCAGAACGCCGGUGGAAGGUUUAAUGACCUUGAUAUGGUGGUGACUUCGGCUAUAGGCUGCCAGCUGGGACAGGACAAGCAUGGUGUGCGGGUGGUAGCAGUGACGGAGGAGCAUAUCCAUCACAAGUACAUCAGUCUGGAUGAGCUGAAUGAUGUUACAGUGGACGAGGUGCUGUCCUUCCCUACUGAAGUAAAUGCUCCAAACCCCCACCUACAAUGAAAGGUGGUGAGAAAGGGCACUCGUGGACCAUCAUGGCAUGAGUGACAUCAGUGGAUACAUGUGUACAUCUGCUGAAAGUUCAUAGAUUUAUCUUAAAAACAUUAUAUAAUAUCAGAGCUUCCAUACUGAGAUAAUUUUCAGACUCUUUAUGGCUUUAUUUUUGCUAGCGUCUCUGUUAACUUCACGAUCUACACUCAGCUCUCUGUACAUAAGCUCAUAUAUUCUUAAGUCAUCGGUGCAGAAGUAGGACAUUCGGCCCAUCGAGUCUACUCCGUCAUUCAAUCAUGGCUGAUCUAUCUUCCCCUCUCAACCCCAUUCUCCCGCCUUCGCCCCAUAACCCUUGACAUCCUUACCUAUCGAGAAACACCCUCACUAAUCGAGAAUACAAUCUGUCACACUCUGAGGUAUCCACAUAAUUAAAGGAAAUAAACAAGAACACCAAAACAACACAUAGUAAAAGUGGUAAUAAGGAUAUCGUUUUUGAAAUGUUCAGUGUUAGAUUAAUUAAUUAAAAAUCACAGCAAUUUUGUUUUUGGUACGAGCAGUGUGUAGGAGUCUAUUUCUGGUGCAAUUUCACUAUCACUCCAGAAACCUCCCAUUGGACAGAGCUUCUAGUAAAUACUUUGUUAUAUGCCCAAUUAGUGUGUUAAUUGGAUAUCGCUGUGGUUAUGAGGCAGCUCGAGCCAUUGUUACUUUCAUUUCAGACUGAUGCAAAUGCAAUGCAAAAAAAAAUCUCCAUAAUCUGUAAACCAUUCUAUACGUGGAAAACAUGUCAGUGUCAAAAUUGGCACAGAAUCCCAUUGCUAUCGUGGCCUGUUGUCUCCGUAUAACCUUUUUUUUUGUCUUCUGGGCACUGGCUGCCAAAUUGUCAAUGUAGCAAUGAUCAGUGGGUACAAAACUCCUUGGUAAAGGUCUACGCAGCAUUGAGGGUGUGCUGCCUCAUCAGAAAUGUCAAUGAAAUUGUCUACCUUCGAUCUUCCAGCAUCUGCAGUUCCUUCUUAAACACUUUGUCUACUCCACUGUGAAAUCUCCUCAAGGUAUGCCUAUUUUGAAGAAGUUCUCCUCCUCCCUCCGGAGACAGUUUUACAACCUCCUCUCUAACUGCCCCCCCUCUGUGAUUCGCCCUUCCCUCCAACUGUAUGACCACAUCCUAACCCAGA